GAUCAUUGUAACGUGAAUUACCGAGCUAAGUUCAAGGUUAGUUGCUUUUACAGGACGCCACAAAAUGCCUGGGACGGUCACCUGUUGUUGUAUGGACUCUCUUUCAAAUAUUGAGCCUCUUCACUCUUGGCAAUCAUUAUUAGCAUUUCUGAUUGGUCACGACCUGCUUAAUUCAGUGGUUUAAAAACUUCUUAUUAUCAUUCAUAAGACUAUUCAGUUAUCGUGCCUCCUCAAAUAGAAGGUCCAGUACUUCGACUCCUGACAUCGCUGUUUCCUCGUCCUUACCGAAAGCCUAUAUACAACCCUUUCAGUUUAACUCAACUUCAUUUCCCUUUCGAGUGACAAAACGGAAGGCAGAACAAUAUUCUAAGAAAAAUGAAAUGAUUACGAAACAGUGUACCCUUCCAUCUAAAGCGAACAAACCUGCGGAGUGGAUAGCAUGUGAUAAAGUUGUCGUCCGUGAUCAAGUUCGUUGGCAAUCAAUCACUCCAUUCAAACCAUUUGUAUACCAUCCUAAGACCCUGAAACCAAUUGUGUAUGCUUAUCCUACACUACCCGCUAAAUCGAAUUCUUCAGCUCAUCUUUCGUGUAGUCCCACAAUGAAAGUAGAUAAAGAAGCUCAAACAGAUAAUAAUCAUACCAUUAUAUUUAAUAUUGAAGAUAUAAUCAGAGCUCAGCGUAAUUUAGCAUCUACCAAUCAAAAUUCACCACAUCUAUCAUCUGAUGGUACGGAUGACAGUAAAGAGUCACUUCAGAAGGCGUUAGAAUUACAACAGAAAAUUAACGCCGACUUAAAAAACUUAUUGGUAUCUGCUAUGUCUGGUAAUUUAAAUGUGGCUCAACAGCUAAUCGAUUUAAUCAGUAGUAAUGCAUACCUUUGUGGUCAAAGUGAAGGUUUAGCCCAUCAGAAAUCUGUUCUACAAGAAGCCGCCAACACAGCCGAAAUUGUAGCUGAUGUAUGGCAGACAAAAUGUAUUGCUAGUCGUGCUGUAGCGGGUGAAGCAGCUAAACGUGCCACCAUGUCAGUGCAUCAGGCACAUUUAGCUCGACACGCGCUGGCGCAUCUUCUUGGUGAACGUGCACAGAUACGUCGAUAUCUAAGUCAAGCAAUCCCUUUGUUAUCUGAUUAUUGUAAUAAACACGAUAUUAAACUAAAUAAACCGAAUAAUCAGACAUGUAGUACACUAAGCUUGACAUCACUGUGUUUUGAUUUGGCUUUAGCGAUAUCACCAAAUACUAGUAUCCAACCAAUUCAAUGCUCUUCAGAUACAGUUGGUGAAGAGUUGGCACAAUAUUAUUUUGAUGUUCCUUUUUAUAGGUUCUGACAAGAGUCAACAAUAAGAAUAUUCUUAAAUACGAUCGUAUGUUUCCCACCACAUCAACUGCAUUUGGUGCUUCAACAACUGCCCUGUCUACAAUACCUCCUCUGGAAACAACUGAAACUGAUGAUUUACUUUUGAAAACACUUGAAUUAUUUCAGUCUACUGGAAAACGAAAGCAUAAUCUGGAAUUGUUUUCUUGUUCAAAAUGUGUGGGAGAUGUUCUUGUGAUAUGAUUUCAAUUCCAAACAUUUCGCCAAAAAUAAUGGUGAUACUUACCUUUUGAAAAUAACAACUAACCUCUUAAUCUUUUAUAUUUUGCUACAGAUUAAUUAUAAAUUAAGACAUUUAGUGUGAA